AUGAACCUCUUCUCAAAACGGUCAACGGCUACGUUGCCGAGAAGCACUCUCUCAGCUCGCCUAUUGAAACUGAAGACCUUUCUAUUCAGAAUGUUAAACAUCGUUCGACCAAAAAGUACGAAACAGUGGUUGAUGGCGGCUACUAUUUUUCUGGCGUCUCUCUUUUCUCCACCAGCCCUGGCGGGGACCAGUGGUGGUCGCAUUGGAGGCACCUAUUCCCGACCCUCUCGGCCUAGCAUGUCCCGCCCUGCAGCGCCCUCUCGUCCUCAUCGGGGACCCUUACCUCCCAAGAAGCAUUACCAUUACCCCAACACCUACCCUCGGUACCGAACCUCUUCUCCCAUCUAUCACAGGCCACUGGGGUAUUCGACCACCACCAUUGUUGAAUCUCCUUAUAUGCGAGAGAUUCAUCCCCGUAAAGUGCGAGCGGGGGAUCUUGUCUUGUGGACCGGAGUUGGAUUGGCUGUGAGCACCGGGGUCCGAAGACACUACGAGCAACAACACCACUCCCGCAGUAUAGAUCAAAGCCCCUUGGGUCCUGGAGCCACAGCAGCCUUUAUGACUGUAGCACUCCAAGUUCCUGAUCGGACUUCAUCAUUUUCACUGCUGAAAAACUUAGAGUCCAAGGCCAUGUCCGCCAAUACAGAAACUCGCCAAGGGCUCCAGCAAACAGUGUCAGAAGUCGCUUUGGAACUCUUGCGCAAGGAUUCUUCCAUUGUGUCUGUUGGCACAUCGAUUCGACACUUUGGCUCGGUUCGAGAAGCGCAAGUUGCCUUUCAAAAGGCCUCCAUUAUGAACCGAAGCAAACUGGAUCGAGAAUCAGUCAGCAACGUUGGUGGAUCCAAAACUAUUCAACGUCAGCAGGGAGAAAACAAGAAGAAUGGUGAUAACUUUUUCAAGCCAAUGGCCACCAUGGCCGUAGUCACACUCGGUCUAUGUAUUGAAGGCAAUUCUCUCUCGACUCGUACGCCAAAACAAUUGCGUAGUCGACAGGAUGUACGAAAGGCACUGAGUCAGAUUGCUUCUGAUGCACAAACCGAAGACUGUCUCCUUUCCGCUGAGAUUCUUUGGACCCCCGAAGACGAUAGCGACUUUUUAAGCGAGACGGAUAUCUAUGCAGAUUAUCCCGAUUUGUAUCCAUUGUUGGACUAA